AAAGUAGUAAGGUAUAAGAAGAUGACCAUAGAGGCGCCACAUACUAGAUAAUGCAACUUUAUCAAGUGACAUCAGGCAAAAAUUGACGUCAGAAUUAUGCACAUAUUUUUUAAUUUGGUAAGCGAAGAAAUUUACGACUAGAUAUUUCACGUGCAGGAUCACAUAAGAUAUAAGAUAGCAUUUUUUCAAAAAUUCACAGAAAAAUUUCAUGUAAUCGAUUACCGUAUCAAAAUCAAAUAUGCUCGCAUCAUUGACAAAAAGAGUCUUGUUACAGCAAUAUCUUUAUACAUGUCGUUAUGGAUUUACUUAUAGCACAGAGUCAUGCGGAACGUUCGACUUAGUUAUCGUUGGGGGUGGCAUCGUUGGAUGUGCCACUGCCCGGGAAAUGUUAAUAAGACACCCUAACUUAAAGAUGGCGAUCGUUGAGAAAGAAAACGAUUUAGCGAAGCAUCAAACCUCGCACAACAGUGGUGUAGUACACGCUGGAAUUUAUUACAAACCCGGCAGUAUGAAAGCAAAACUAUGUGUGGAAGGUUUAAAGCUAAGCUACGAAUAUUUCUGUAAACAUGAUAUACCUCACAACAAAGUUGGGAAACUCAUAGUAGCUCAGAAUAAGGAUCAAGUUAAAAAACUGGACGAUUUGUACGAUCGGGGAAUAAAAAAUAAUGUACCGGAUCUCGAAAUAGUCGAGAAAGAUUAUAUAUCGAAAUACGAAGCUAAAUGUCAAGGAGAAAAAGCAUUAUGGUCACCGUGGACAGGUAUAGUCGACUGGGCACUGGUUUGUAAACAUUUUGCCGACGAAUUCCAAAAAAUGGGUGGAAAAAUAUAUUUAAAUUAUGAAGUUACUGGUUUUUCGGAGAUGGCAGAAUCUAAAGAUAAGGCAGACUUAUCUCCGAUUUUAGUACAAUCGAAAAAUAGAUGUAUGCCGACAAAAUAUGUGUUAACGUGUGGUGGUUUGCAUUCGGAUCGUCUCGCAGUAAUGACAGGAUGCGAUCUUAGUCCACGAAUUGUUCCAUUUCGAGGCGAAUACUUGUUAUUAACUGAGAACAAAAGGCAUUUAUGCACCACCAAUAUAUAUCCUGUUCCAGAUCCCAGAUUUCCAUUUUUAGGUGUUCAUUUUACUCCUAGAAUGAACAACGAUAUAUGGCUGGGUCCAAAUGCAGUUUUAGCGUUUGCUAGAGAGGGAUACCGGUGGCGCGAUAUAAAUAUAAGAGACUGUAUAGAAAUGGCAAAAUUUCCUGGAUUGUACAAACUCUGUUUUCGAUACUUUAUACCAGGAUGUAAAGAAAUAAUUAAAUCAAUUUUCUAUCCGCUCGCAGUCAGGGAUUUGCAAAAAUUCAUUCCCGAGAUAUCUGUUAAAGAUGUAAAAAGAGGACCAGCGGGUGUUAGAGCACAAGCAUUGGACAAUAAUGGUAAUUUGGUAGACGAUUUUGUAUUUGAUGAAGGAAAAGGUAGCAUUGGUAGUAGAAUAUUACAUUGUCGCAAUGCACCUUCUCCUGCUGCAACCAGUUCUAUGGCAAUUGCUAAAUUCAUUGCCGAUAAAUUGGAAACUGAUUUCAAGAUUUAACAAUACUUUGAACUUUAAUCUUUGAUUGAAAAAGAAUUUAAAUAAUGAAUAUUCAAAUUUUCUAUGUACAAUAAUAUGUGCAGAGUUCAAAAUUUAUGUUUUGCGAGAAUAAGCGAAAAUGUACAUUAAAAAAUAACUUGUGUUCAUGACUUGCAUUAUAACAUACAAAUAUAUUUUGUACUUUUCUUCGCAUAAAAUACUCAUUAUAAAGAACAAUCUCUAAAAAUAAUGUUCAUAUUUUAUAUCAAAACGUUACAACAUUCUUUC